UGUUCUUUGUUCAGAAUCUAGCGAAAAAGCUCUCUGAAAAUUUCUUUUUCAAUUUUUUUUAUCUUGUGAACAAAGAAUCUAUCUUCAUUCAAUCUUUUAUUGCUUUAGAAGUUGAAAAGCUUGCUCCUUUUCCAUCAGUGAUCUCUGAUUCUUUUUUUUUGGUUUCAGAGCUUCUACCUAAAAGUUCCAACCUUUUGAGCACACAUUGCCUGCAAAACCUCAGUUUCCUCCAUUGGUUGCCUGUUUAUUUGAAAUCGGUGACUGAUAAAAUAUCCGCCUAUCGAAACCCAUUUAUCAAAAUUCCCUCUUGACCCAAUACUCAUUGCUAUUUUUAGCUUCUAACGAUGAAAAGCUGCCAUUUUUUUAUAUGGGCCUGUUCCAUUGUUCUGUUUUCUCCCAUUGCCGACGGAUUGGGAGUGAACUGGGGAACGCAGGCGACUCAUCAGUUGCCGCCGAUGACGGUGGUCCAAAUGCUGCAGGAUAAUGGGAUCAAUAAAGUGAAGCUCUUUGAUGCCGAUGAUAGCACGAUGAGCGCGCUCGCCGGCACGAAUAUUGAAGUGAUGAUUGCAAUCCCUAACGAUCAGCUUGCUGUCAUGAAUGAUUAUGAUGCGGCUAAGAAGUGGGUUGAUCGGAAUGUAACUCGGUAUAACUUCAACGGAGGUGUUAAUAUCAAAUACGUAGCAGUGGGUAACGAGCCAUUCCUGACAACCUACAACGGAUCUUUCCUCAACACGACGAUGCCGGCCCUCCGAAACAUCCAGAACGCCAUCAACGACGCCGGCCUUGGCGACACCAUCAAGGCCACCGUCCCCCUCAACGCCGACGUCUACAACUCCCCGGCCUCCAACCCCGUCCCCUCCGCCGGGCGCUUCCGCCCCGACAUUGCCGACCUCAUGACUGAAAUGGUCCAAUUCUUCCACCAGAACAACGCCCCCUUCACCGUCAACAUCUACCCCUUCCUCUCCCUCUACGCCAACCCUGACUUCCCUUUCGACUUUGCCUUUUUUGACGGCGGAACCGCCACCCCUGUCGUUGACGGCCCCAUCCAGUACACCAACGUCUUCGACGCCAAUUUCGACACCCUCGUCUCCGCUCUCAAAGCCGUUGGAUUGGGCAACCUCCCCAUCGUGGUCGGAGAAGUCGGCUGGCCGACUGAUGCUGAUAAGAACGCGAGAACAGACCUUGCGGAGAGAUUCUAUGCUGGACUAUUAAAGCGCCUGGCGAACAAGCAAGGCACGCCUCUUCGCCCUGGGGCAGAUAUUGAGGUGUACUUGUUUAGUUUGAUUGAUGAGGAUGCAAAGAGUAUCGCGCCAGGUAGUUUCGAGCGACAUUGGGGGAUUUUUCGCUAUGACGGUCAGCCUAAGUAUCCGAUGGAUUUAUCCGGUCAGGGACAGAAUAAAAUGCUGGUGGGAGCGAAGAAUGUGCAGUAUCUACCGAAAACAUGGUGCGUGUUCAAUCCCGACACGAAAACAGAUUUGAGCAAGCUCGGCGAUAAUAUCAACUACGCGUGCACGUUCGCGGAUUGCACUUCUCUUGGAUACGGGUCUUCUUGCAACGGGCUCGACGCCAACGGAAACGCUUCGUAUGCGUUCAAUAUGUACUUCCAGGCGCAGAAUCAGAAGGAGUUGAGCUGUGUUUUUGAAGGGCUUGGGAUGAUUAGCACGCAGAAUUAUUCGAAGGAUCAGUGCAAUUUUAUCGUUCAGCUUGCUCCUUCUGCUGGUGUAGUUUGCUCUGUACCGCUGCUCGCGGUGCUUUUGUUGGUGUGUUUUGUGAUGGGAUUGUUGUUUUGAGGUUUGAAAAAGUUGGUGUAAAUUUUUUUUUUGCUUAGGGGGAUGGGGGGUUAGGGAUGGGGGGGUUAGCGUUUGAUGUUUAUUACUUGUAGUAUUCUUAUGGAGUUUACAGUGUUCGAGUGAUUUCUUGUAGGCAUAGAGAUCUGAGAUGCUGUGAUACAGUAUUUUUUUUCUUUUUUUUUGGGUGCAGAUUAUAGUAUAGUUUCACAUGCUUAUGUUGGGGGUUCUAAAAGCAAUGUCAUGUGCAGACUUUGUGAGGAAAGAGGAUGGAGACGAUUGGUGUUGAAAUCCUAUGGAUUAGUAAAUUAAAUGUUGAGUAGCAGCAAAAGAA